AUGCCCGGAAUUAGCCGGAAGAUCCUCAUAUGCGCUGCCAUCGAUGGUCUCAUUCUCCAGCCGCUUCCCACAAAGGGACAACGACCAUUCCAGCCGGCUAGGAUUAGAUAUGGCGACUCGUCUAUUUCAGCAGUUCCACGGGACCAAAUCCCGGACACUUCAGGCCCAAACUCAUCGUUCGAAGUAUUUGGUGUUAUUGGCUUGAUUACGGUUUCAAGACUUAGCUAUCUCAUCACUAUUACCCGUCGCCAGCAAAUUGCACAGAUCUUCGGGUUUCCCAUUUAUGUUGUCACUGGCGUUGCCAUUACUCCAUGCAACACAAAGCAAGAGGCCGAUGAGUCCAUCCGCAGGACAGCCAGCCUUCUCAGGAAGCAAACACCGAAUGGGGAAGAUGGCGACUCCGAAAGCAGCGACGAAGACGUUGAAAUCCCUCAGUCUCCCCUUGAUGAAGUGGAAGACACAAUCGGUGAGGAGGACAAGACUCGUCCCGACUCGUCUCGAAGCAGUGUCGCCGAGGAUGUAAUGCGUCGCCGGGGUAGCUAUGGCCGUUUUGCACAGCGGUGGUUCAGUAACAGUGGAUGGACCAUGGAUCAAAGACGAAGCUUGGGCUUGAGCAUUGCAACCGCAGGCUCACCGACAACACUGGAAGCAUCCGGCGAGCCAGCCACAUCCAAGACACCAAUUGAAGAGGAUAUGAGUGACCAAAGUCAGGUAACAGCGUUGUUGCCAAAGUUAUUGCGGACGAUUCAAGUCUUCUUUGAGUCUUCUAGGAGCUUUUACUUCUCCUACGAUAUUGAUCUCACUCGAAGCACCUCUCAACAGGCUUGGGUCCCGAAUCCAGACACACCUCUGCACACACAAGUUGACAACAAGUUCUUUUGGAACCGGCAUAUACUGGGCAAAUUCAUAGCAACUGGUCAAGACUCAAUAAGUCUCCCGCUAAUGCAGGGAUUUAUUGGCCAGCGAACGUUUGUAGUGGAUAGUGAUCCUCCUCAGAUGGAUGAAGGUGCAUCCGAGUCAAUGGAACUCGCCGACAUGUCUACCUCUGGAUCUCUACCAGUAUCACCGCCAAGUGGACGCGUUGGGGACCAUGCCGAUCUAAGGCCGUCGGAGAGGAAGUGUCUUAUCACGUUGGUGUCUCGCAGGUCGACUCAACGCGCUGGUCUAAGAUAUCUUCGUAGAGGCAUCAAUGAGGAAGGCUUCACGGCGAAUAUGGUGGAGACGGAACAAAUCAUCUCCUCGCCUACAUGGGACGAUUCCUCGCCAAUUCACUCAUUUGUACAGAUUCGCGGAAGUAUUCCACUGUUUUUCACGCAAUCGGCAUACUCACUAAAACCAGUCCCAGUAAUACAACACUCCCCCGAGAGCAACUACAGGGCCUGCAAGAGACAUUUUGAGAGGCUUCACUCCAACUAUGGAUCUCUCCAGAUUGUCAACUUGGUUGAGAAGCGCGGUGUUGAAGAGCCCAUUGGAACACAAUACGAGGCAAACGUUUCACGCCUCAAUGAAGAGCUCGGCGAGAACGACAAAAUUCCAUUCGAGUGGUUUGACUUUCACCAUGCUUGCCGUGGAAUGAAGUUCGAGAAUGUCAGUCAGCUUCUAAUCAAACUAAGGGGUAGGUUGGAAGAGUUGGGCAGCACAACCCAAGUCGGCGGCGAGAUUACCCAGCGGCAGGCAGGUGUCCUCAGAACGAACUGCAUGGAUUGUUUAGACAGAACGAACGUGUGUCAGAGUUCCUUUGCAAAGCAUAUGCUAGAUUUGCAGCUGAAGGGAGAUGGGAUAGAUAUGAGUGCGCAGCUAGACCAGGAGACGAGGUGGUUUAAUACUCUCUGGGCAGACAAUGGCGACGCAGUCUCCAAGCAGUAUGCGUCUACGGCCGCUAUGAAGGGCGACUAUACGAGGACAAAAAAACGAGACUACCGUGGAGCGUUGAAUGACUUGGGACUGUCACUGGCACGAUUUUACAGUGGCAUGGUGAACGACUACUUCAGUCAAGCAGCUAUAGACUUUCUGCUCGGAACCGCAACGGAAAAAGUCUUUGACGAAUUCGAGUCCGACAUGAUGACCAAAGAUCCUGCCGUAUCCAUUGCAAAAAUGCGUCAGCGAGCUGUCGAGCUUUGCCAAAAACGAGUAGUUGCCGAUGCCAGUGAGGAAGUCCAUGGCGGAUGGGUUCUCAUCAGUCCCAACAUGGCUGACGUGGUAAAAUCCUGGCCCAUGGAGGAAGUCGUCCUGCUGCUGACAGACGCUGCUCUUUACCUAUGCCGCUUUGACUGGGAUCUUGACAAAGUAUCCUCCUUUGAGCGCGUCCACCUCGGCAAUGUGACGCACAUCAAAUUCGGAACUUAUAUCACGUCAACACUUGCCCCAGCGCACAUGGACGAAACAAAAAAUGUCGGACUCGUCAUAUCCUACCAGCCAGGUAAAAGCAAUAUCAAGAGAACCAAUACACGAACGCUCUCAACUAAGGGAUAUAUUGCGCCGAAUUCGGCUUCUCAGGGAGAGGCCAAGACGCAGGUAGGCCUUGUUAGUUUCUUCUCGCCCAAGGCAAAAUCGCCUGCUGUCCGGAGGUUGGCGUUUAAAGCUCCGUACAUGGAUUCUUCCACGGCUGUAUCAGGAACAGCUGGUCUGCAGCAGACGGAGCUGCAGCAGGUAAUUACUAUAUGCGCAGAAAUCGAGCGGCUGGCUCUGGAAGCGCAGCUGCGGAAGGAAGGGGAGGGUGAAAAGAGUUUCGUGGAGAAGGGUGAGAUUAUUUCGCUGCAGGAGGCGAAGAAGAAUACAGGAUUGUUGGAGCAGUUGGGGCAUUCGAUCAAGAGACUUGUCUGGGCCUAG